GUUUAUGCCAGAAAAAUGCCUAAUAGCUGCCAGGAGCAUCCCCAAAGGGACCGCAAAAUUCAGGAUGUGCUUUGUGGCAUGCUCGACAGUGUGAAUUCGGGACUAACACCCGAAACGGCUCGCAUUUGCAUUGAGUUGAUGCGCCACGGGGUCCAGCCCAAGCAAUUGGCGGAAAUGAUCAGAACAUUGAAGCAGGAGGUGCGUGUAAUGAAAAUCGAAUCGGGGCUGGUCAAGACAAUGGAAAAUAUGAAAAUGAAGAGUGAUUUUUACGCAAUUAGAAACAAGAAUUUGAGCUCAGAUUCAUUGAUCAGCAAGGGAGAUUCAACGGUGGAGACUCGACAAUGAAGAAAGGAUUGCGUUCGGAUUCAAUGAGCAACAUUGCCGCAAUCAGAAGCUCUGAUAACGAAUCCAUUUUAAAGCAAAUCAAAAGUCCAAUGUUGAAAUGUGCGAUUGAAAAAAUACUUAAUGAAAUGAUUGAUUAAAGACACCAGAAAUUUAUUU